AUGGAGGCCCUCCCCAAGGCCCUGGAGGUCGAAGAGAAGUCUCCCGAGUCCAAGGACCUUUUGCCCAGCCAGACGGCCAGCUCCCUGUGCAUCAGCUCCAGAAGCGAGUCCGUCUGGACCGCCACCCCCCGGAGUAACUGGGAAAUCUACCGUAAACCCAUCAUUAUCAUGUCCGUGGGUGGUGCCAUCCUCCUGUUCGGUGUGGUCAUCACCUGCUUGGCCUAUACCCUGAACCUGGGCGAUAUGAGCCUCAAGGUCCUGAAGAUGGUGGGGCCUGCCUUCCUGUCUCUGGGACUCAUGAUGCUGGUGUGUGGGCUGGUCUGGGUGCCCAUUAUUAAGAAGAAACAGAAGCAGAGACAGAAGUCAGUGUUCUUCCAGAACCUCAAGUCCUUCUUCCUGAACCGUUGA